AUGUGUGGCUCCUUCUUGAUUUGCGUUGAAGUGUGUGUAUAUUUUGCCUCGAGUGGAGCAAAACGUGAAAAGUAUGCUUUACAGUUGUUUGAUGGUAGAGAUAUGAUGAUACGGUCAAAAGAGACACCUUCCAAACCUUGUGAUAAAAUGUCAUCACGUCAUAGUCUUCAAAAUCAAAAGCACCAAGUUUCCAUGAUCUUGAAUUCUAGAUCAAAAAAUUCCCAGAAGAGGAAAUGUAACCAAUACAUAAAUGGUGAUAAAUUUGCCACUAAUUCUGAAUUUAUCGGUAAAAAGAAAUAUGGUACUGAUAAUGUCAAAGAUCAAAAAAGGAAAUUAUCUCCAGUCUUGUGUUCAACACCAUCGGAUGAAAAAAAUACUAGUUUAUCAAGAAGACAGAAAUAUGGUUCCCCUACUCAUAAUGACAUGCUAGAAUUUUGUGUUAUUUCUAGACAAGACUAUUCUCACCUAAGUGAUGUUCAAGAUUCUCUAAAGCGACCAAGUUAUCUUAAGAACAAAGAGAGCUUUUAUGUUCAUGCUAGAGAUUUAAUGGAUAAUGAUAGUUAUUCUUAUGGUAUCGCGACAUCAAUCAAAGAGAAACUAAUCGAAGAGGAUAUGGAAUUUGCUGACUCUCGAAGGAAAUUUUUACCUUCUAGGGGUAACCAUCUUUCAAGGCCAUUUAUUCCCAUUGGACCUAGGUUUCAAGCCGAAGUUCCCAAAUGGGAGGUGACAACCAACAUAAAAUAUAAUAGUGAUAACUGUUUGAAGUGGUUAGGCACUCAAAUUUGGCCAAUACCUUCUUUAUCUAGUGAUAAUGGUAGGCUUGACUCAAGCUCGGGUGAGAACCAUGAAUCGGUUGAUUGUUUUAGAAAACACGGUGAAGGUAGAGAGUGCUUAAAAUCAAAGGUUAAAGGCACCUUCUCAAGUUGGAAGUUUGAUGACAAGAUAGAAGAUGUUUUGAAAUCAUGGACAAUGGAAGAUGAGAAGAAAUUUGAAUCUCUAAUAAAAUUGAAUUUACUAUGA